ACUUAUAAAACUGUACACUAUAACACAAGUAUCCAAACACAAAUCUAAAUUGGUCGCGUACGACUAAAAACCUUGGAAACAUUUCUGUGUUGUACGAUAAUAAAUCUAAGCUACAUCGAACUCAAUUCUGUCAAAUUCUUCAAAAACAAAAGAUGAAAAUUUCUUCCCCGGUGUUGGCUGUUGUCGUAACGCUGGGGUUUUUAUCGAGCCUGCAAGUGGUGUUUGGGAUUAGAUUUGUGGUUGACAGGGAAGAAUGCUUCUCACAUAAAGUAGAAUACUCACAUGAUACGGUUCAUGUCUCGUUCGUUGUGAUUAAGAAUGAGGGAACAUGGCAUUAUACUCGAGACGGGGUUGAUCUAGUGGUGAAAGGACCUACUGGUAUUCAGAUUCAUGAUUUACGUGACAAGAUAAGUGAGAAGUAUGACUUUGUGGCUCAGCAGGAAGGACUCUACAGUUUCUGCUUCACUAACAAGUCUCCUUAUGAUGAAACCGUAGAUUUUGAUGUUCAUGUAGGUCACUUCUCAUCAUAUGAUCAGCAUGCAAAAGAUGAGCAUUUCAAACCUUUGUUAGAACAGAUAGCUAAAUUAGAAGAAGCUCUAUACAAUAUUCAGUUCGAACAGCAUUGGCUAGAGGCUCAGACUGAACGCCAGGCAAUAGAAAAUGAAGGAAUGAGCCGGACGGCAGUCCAGAAAGCUCUCUUUGAAUCGGCUGCCCUAAUUGGAGCUAGCGUUCUCCAAGUUUAUCUUCUACGCCGUCUGUUCGAGCGGAAGCUUGGGAUGUCCAGAGUUUAGCCUCAGCACUACCAUGGGUUGUAGAAUUUCAGAGCCUUGAGUUAUUGUUUUUUUAUUGCCCCUAUCUAGAAUAGCUUAGGCACUGGUGUGGGGAUAUUUAUUAUUAGAAACCUUUACUUGCGGACUUAUGUUAUCCCUCCCUGGAAAAUGAUAUGUAGAAGAAACAGUCGACCAUUUUACACCUCGGACGUUUAAAUAAAAGAGCCUAAUGAUGAUGUUUGUUCAGCAAAA